AUGAAAUAGGGUUUAUGGGAGCUUCUCUAUUCGGGUUUUAGGAGCAGCAAUCCACGACGAUGGCGGCUGCGGAGGAGGCGCCUGCGCCAGUCGAUCGCUUCGAUCUCAAUUCCAAGAGGGUCCAGGAUGCGUUUGAGGACUGGGGAUCCAAGACGACGAUCGGUAUCGUGGCGGGCAUGAUCUUUGGAGGGCUAAAGGAGGGUCGAGCAUCCGCUCACUGGCAACCUUUUCUUCCAUCCCAGGCCGGAAGUAGCACUUGGAACGAGCGGCAAAGAGUUUGGAGGAACGUUUGGGAGCAAAGAUUCGUGAGAGUCGCGGGAGGAACGGUGUCGGGAGGCGCCAAGCUUGGAUUCUUCACGUCCAUGUACUGUGGCCUCCAGCACGCUCUUGCGAUCUACAGAGACGUGGAUGAUGCUUUCAACACCGCCAUCGCUGCGAGCGCCACCGCUGCAACCCUGGGACUUGUUUUGCCAGGAUCGUUGAGAUGGCGAUUGAGGACAUCAUCUCUGGGGAUUGUUCUUGGAGCAGUAGCCGGGCUUCCCAUCGGCUACAUCCAGACCUCGCUCAACAAGAAAGCAGAAGAACUCAUGAAAAACGCUCCAAGCCCAAGCUCGUAAAAAAGCUGCCGUAUGUAGCGUGCUAGAAAUACGAUGCACCGUAUGAUUUUCGUACUGCU